UCUUAUUCACCUGAAUAUCUAUCAGUUGAAUACUAAGAUGAAGAGAGCCUUUGCAACAAGCGUCUUGUUGACCUGUUUGGUUGCCGGAAUACUCGGCAAGCCAUUAACUAAGGAGUCAGAAAAGGAACGUCCCAUGAGGAAGCUGGAAUUCAACGGACAAGUCGUUUACGUGCCCGUUGCAGAGAAAUUGGCUGAUCCAUUCUCAAGCACGAUACCUGGUGAUGAACAGAAGACGGAUAUGAUCCUGAACGAAGAACAGAAAGAAUAUAUUCGGCAGCAGAAAGAGGAACACAAAGAUGGACGAACCAAGAGGAAGGCUGUGAGGGAUGUUUUGAAAAGAUGGACCAAAGUCGGUGGAGACGUCAUUGUGCCAUUCACCAUGGAUAGCCCAGCUAAUGAUAUACCAUAUAUCUACGAAGCAAUGGAUCAUUGGUCGACUAAGGCAUGUGUGAAGUUUGAAACUUACUCUUCGGAUCGUUCCUCAACACUGGGUCACAACCAGAGGCUUCGUUUCCAUAAGGCGGAUGGGUGCUCGUCAUACGUCGGUAGGCAACCUACAAGCCAGAUGCAACCACAGAAUAUAUCAAUUGGAACUGGGUGUUUACAGUUGGGAACCAUCGCUCAUGAGAUCGGGCACGCAAUGGGAUUCCAACAUGAGCAGUCGAGACCAGACCGCGACGACCAUGUCGAAAUUUUUUGGACAAACAUCGAGACAGAUCAACAACACAAUUUUGACAAGGAGUCACUUGAUGACGUUAUGGCUAGCGAAGUAGUCAAAUAUGAUCUCACAUCUGUCAUGCAUUACGGACCAUACGGAUUCGCCAUCAAUGAAAACAUACCGACGUUGGUAACAAAGCGACCAUUCGACAUGCAGUACAUCGGUCAAAGGUCUGGUCUCAGUUUCUACGAUGUCAAAUUAGCAAACUAUAUCUACAACUGUAAUUCUACUUGUGACCCCCUUCUGGACUGCGCCAACGGAGGCUUUGUAGACAAAACAUGCACAUGUCAAUGCCCCCCUGCUUGGACGGGGGCGCUCUGCAACGAAAACUCAAAUGUACCCGAAACAGUUACUGAGAUCACCAGAACUGAGCCAUCUGGGGAGAUCACAUCCCCUGACUAUGAAUCUGGACAGUACUCCAUAAACUCAGCCAGCAUGAUUUAUAUCGUUGGCCAACCUGGAGCUACGAUUACAUUAACGUUUGACGCAUUCGAUAUGGAAGCUCUAGACGGUGGCAGGUGUUGGGACUACGUUCAGGUCAACAGUGAUGACCCGCGAUACGGAGGAGAGAAGUAUUGUGGAAACGAAAUACCAGCCCCAAUCGUAGCAAAAGAUAACAUAAUGAUCUUGUUCUACUCCGACGAAACAUAUACCGGCAAGGGAUUCAGGGCCCAUUUUACUAUUGAUCAACCACUAACAGAAGAACCCGUCGUAACUACCAGAGCACCAACCACACCUGGAGUAACUACCGAAGCACCAACCACACCUGUCGUAACUACCAAAGCACCAACCACACCUGUAGUAACUACCAAAGCACCAACCACACCUGUAGUAACUACCAAAGCACCAACCACACCUGUCGUAACUACCAAAGCACUAACCACACCUGUAGUAACUACCGAAGCACCAACCACACCUGUAGUAACUACCGAAGCACCAACCACACCUGUUGUAACUACCAAAGCACCAACCACACCUGUAGUAACUACCGAAGCACCAACCACACCUGUCGUAACUACCAAAGCACCAACCACACCUGUAGUAACUACCGAAGCACCAACCACACCUGUAGUAACUACCAAAGCACCAACCACACCUGUCGUAACUACCAAAGCACCAACCACACCUGUAGUAACUACCGAAGCACCAACCACACCUGUAGUAACUACCGAAGCACCAACCACACCUGUUGUAACUACCAAAGCACCAACCACACCUGUAGUAACUACCAAAGCACCAACCACACCUGUCGUAACUACCAAAGCACCAACCACACCUGUAGUAACUACCGAAGCACCAACCACACCUGUCGUAACUACCAAAGCACCAACCACACCUGUAGUUACUACCGAAGCACAAACCACACCUGUAGUAACUACCAAAGCACCAACCACACCUGUCGUAACUACCAAAGCACCAACAAGUGAAGCGCCACUGAGUACCUUAACAUCCCCAAACUACCCGAAUACUUACAAUGCGUGGCAAAAGAAAGUCUACCGCCUUACUACUGCUGUAGGCAAAAAGAUUUAUCUAAAGAUCGAUGAAAUGGAUAUUGAAGAGGGCAGUAAUGGAUGUAACUAUGACGUCCUUAUCGUCGAUCUCAGAGGUACUGACGAGGUUUUGAAAACAAGACUUUGUGGAUCCAGGACUAACGUUGGUCCAUUCGAAUCCGUGUCGAACAAAAUGAAGCUGACACUCAUCACCGAUGGAUACAUAGAGAGGAAAGGCUUCAAGGCAUCCUACAAGAGUAUCACAGAAUCCACAUGCGGAGGAACCUUCGCUGGGGAGUCCGGUAUAGUCGAGUCACUUAACUACCCCAUACACUACCCUAACCAGAUACUCUGUGAUUACGUCAUUCGGGUAGAUCCUGGAAAGGUCAUUAGGUUGACAUUCAGUGAUUUGGACGUGGAAUAUGGACGUAAUUAUCUUUGCCAGUAUGACUGCCUAAAAGUGAUUCAACUGAACCAAUAUGACCAGGAAGAGACUCUAUUGAGCCUGGAAGGGGCGUAUCCACCAUUCCCAAUUGUGUCUCGGACCAACCAGCUCACUCUUCGCUUAUCAUCUGAUGCGUAUGUUGGAGGCAAAGGUUUCCAGGUUUCAUAUCUUGCUAUCUAAUUCCUCAGUCACAUCUUCAAAUCGACUCCAAACUGACUCUAAACCGACCGGUUUUUACUCCAUCAUUAUGACCAUGCGGUCGGUCUGUUCGCGGUGUGGAGUCGGUCUCGCUGGUGUGACUAUAGGGUAUUGAUAAACAUGGACAUAAUAACGAGCAGACUUUCAUCAUUUCUUCUUAACUGUUGAACGAUUAAUUGUUUAAGCUAAAUUAUAUUUGAAAUUCUAUUCUGUACUACCUUAUGAGGGCAUUUAGAUAUUUUAGAAGAAGAGAAUAUUGCUACUUUAAAGAGGAUUGAUCUUUCAUGAUAACAUUAGUCUGAGUGGAAGAGGAAACGAAGUAUUGAACAAAAUGACAAAAAUAUGGUAUUAAAAAAAAAGCUCUAAAUCUUUUUAGUAGGCAAGAACAAAUAAUCAUCAUGAAGAAACUCCGAGCGAAAAUUCAGCCAUGUUUGAUAUCAUAAACGGAGACCAAUCCUUAGAUUUAUUGUGUAAAUCAUUUUCAAAUUCAUUUAAAUAUACCAAUACUAAAUUCGUUAUGAAACACAUAUAUUUCACAUGGUGUUUUAAAGAUAACAUAUUGUUAUACCCUCUUAUGUGAAAUAUAAUCACUCUAUCAUAAAAUUAAGAAUGAUAAUAAUGUUGUAGUAGUUCUAUAUAAAUAAACAAAAUAUGUCGGCUUCUCCUUGAAUGACGUCACACGCCCGCGUUGCCAAAUGGAAGAUCACUAUAGCGCUCAUUACUUUCAAAAAAAUAACUUUCGACUGUCUUAUCCCAUACAUGUCUUUUCCUUGAAUUCAAUUCCUCUUCAAUAUUUUACGUCGUAAGAUAGUAUUGUGUCCUCUGUUCACUCUAAACCAUGACAAAUUGUAAAUUUUACCCCAGAGUGGGCAGAUUAAAAAAUAUGGCUAUUAUUUAGAGUGUGUAUUCAUUUCCUGUUUAAAUAUCUGUUUGUCGUACUUAGUUUCUAAUAUAAGUAGUCAUGCCAUUCGUUGGUGAAUUAAGUUACAGGUCAUCAGAAUCAAUGUAAUAAUAGCGAGUAUUGAAUAAAUAGUUAUUGAAUGAAAA